GAGAGAGAGAGAUCUGCUGAAGAAGUCGUCAUAUUGUUUAUUUAGCUUAUGAUUCCAAUAGAUAAAUUAUUUUGUGUGACUAUUAAACAAUUAUAAGCUAAGUGGAACAAAUAUUAACAGAGAACUAUUUGAUUAAUCAAAGAAGAAAGAUGCAUCUUUUUCAUGGAGUUCAUGGAUUUCCCUUUCAUAUGGCUAAAUUUAGUGACUUGCACAGUGACAAGUAUAAGAUGCAUAGCCAUGGUAUAUUUAGACAGAAUUUUACAUCCCUUAUCAGGAGAGUAACAAACUUGGGUACUACUUGGUUCAUCAAGAGAUAGUUGCCCCAGGAUAUUGGUGUUCUCCUUCCAUUCUUUAAAAGGUGACAUAGGAUUUUUAAUUUCCAUUAGAUGUUAACUGAGAAGACUGAUGAAUUGUUUGCAAUAGAGCAGCACAUCCAACUGCCCUUCAUUACUGUAAUACCAAUCAUGGCUACUAUACAUCUUUUCUGAUUGUGGAACUUAAAAUGCUGAAGUUCUGAUUCUGAUGAGUAGAGUUAUUUUAUGGAAUAUAAAUAUAGUCAGCUGUCUCUAAAUUUCUCUGUGGUCCCUAAUUUAUUGUGUGCUGUUUUACUAUAACUUGGCUUAAUGAAUUAAAUUUGGGAAUGGUACUUUGGAUUUCAUUUGUCUUGAGUUUGUUGAUCUAGCACUAAAUAGGACUGAUAAAUAGGAAAUAGUAAGGUCAAAUCUGAAUCAUUUGAUCAGUUUUCCGUUCAUUCUGGAGAAGAAAUAACAGAAAAAACAAUUUGGCUAUAAGCAAAGAUGGGAAUGAGCAGAUGUCUGAGAAUCCUGUGAUCUCAAAUUUUAAACUUAGUUCUAGCAGUGACUCUCUGUGUAAUAAGUUACUUAGCACCUCUAAACUAGUUUCUCCAUUUGUAAAAUGCAAGUAAUACUACUCUGAAUCACAGGAUGUUUAGGAGAAAUAAUGAGAUAUUUUCAGUGAUUCCAUAUGCCUUAUGUAAGGGUGAAGUAUUAUGGUUAGAGAAGGUAAGUAUGUAUUUUUUGAAUGAUAGCAAGUAAUUCAUUGAAGUGUAAAACAUUUAGAAGGUCGUGGAAAAUUAAUUUUAAGGUUAUAUGAGCUAAUGACAUUAAUUUUACAGUGGCUAAGAGAUAAUGCAAUCAUGUUCCGAGUGUUGCUUUGAACUGGGUACAUUUCUGUCCUCACUUGAUGGGAUUGUAGAGAACAAAAACAAAUGUUAAGGUAUAAGAUUUAUUUUCAUUAUUCUUUCAGGGAUUGUGUUUCUAAGGCUUUAUGCAGAGGAAGCCUUGGUGGCUAAGGCCAGAUCUACUCUAGGAAGUUUUGUCAGCAUAACUAUAUCAGUCACACGUGAAAAAAACACACCCUCUAGCCAACUUAGCUGUGCCCAUAUAACUGCCACUGUAGAUGCAGUUAUGUCAGCAGAAGAUUGCUUCUGUCAGAAUAGUUAAUGUUGUUUGAUGAGGUGGUAUUAAUAUGUCAAAAGCAACUCCUGUCAGCAUACUGAGUGUAUGCUAAGGGCUUGCAAACCAUCAUAGUCUUGCAUCACCUGUCCUACAACUGAGGCCCCUCCCACACUACGAACAGCUUCCCCUCUUUCCCCCCCAGCCCUUCCAUAACAUGAAUUUUGUUUGAUGUGCCAAUAUCACCUCCAUAGUGGUGCAUUAGAGGGAACAACACUGCUGGGCCUCCCAUGGUGCCAUUUCCCUCACAGAAUGGCUCCAUUGAAUCUCAUUAAUGAGGCACUUCCCUGUGUCCUCUGCAGAAAAAACAAGUUGGAGUUGCUGAUUAUCUAGUCCAGGUGAGUCCUAAAGGACUGGAGAGAAGAUGAUGUGACUCUUCCUCACCAUAUCCAGUUCCUACCUCAUUCCUGUGUAUGAUGCCCAGUCUCAUCUAUAGGCCUGUGUAGCAGCCAGGAGGGUGGACAGUGUUGAAGAGAAGUCUGUCCCCUUUCCAUGCAAGAGGGGAAAGUUGUAAUGAAGACAUGGCUUCCAAUGGCAGUAAUGCAGAGAGAGUGAACCCUGUGCUCAGAAUAAGUCAGCUGGAUGCUCUUGAACUAAACAAAGCCUUGGAGCAGCUAGUUUGGUCCCAGUUUUCCAGCUGUUUUCAUGGAUUUAAACCAGGACUAUUGGCUCACAUUGAGCCAGAAGUAAAGGCAUUUUUAUGGAUUUUCUUGUGGAGAUUCACCAUCUAUUCUAAGAAUGCAACGGUGGGGCAGACUAUUCUGAAUAUUCAGUACAAGAAUGACUUAUCUCACACACAGAAAUAUCAGCCAUUGAGCAAACACCAGAAGUUAUGGUAUCUUAUCUGCACUGUUGGAGGAAGGUGGUUGGAAGAAAGAUGCUAUGAUUUAUUCAGCAGUUUUCAACUAGAGUCAUUCUACAGAACCAAGCAUUUCAUUAAUUUUGUAGCUGGACUCUUAAAACUUUGUGGACUACUGAACUUUCUUAUCUUCCUUCAAAAGGGAAAAUUUGCAACACUAACAGAACGUAUUUUAGGAAUUAGAUCUGUCUUUUGUAGGCCUCAAAAUCUUCGUCAAAUAGGAUUUGAAUACAUUAACAGGGAACUCUUAUGGCAUGGCUUUGCUGAAUUUCUAAUCUAUCUUCUACCACUUAUUAACAUGCAAAAGCUCAAACUUAAAAUUUCCUCUUGGUCUCUACCUAUUGCUGUUUUUUCCAAAAGUGAAAACUGUUUAGCAGUGCAUUGCAAAGAAUGUUCUGUAUGUGGGGAGUGGCCAACUAUGCCUCAUACCAUAGGCUGCUCACAUGUUUUCUGCUAUUAUUGUAUUAAAAGCAACUGCUUAUUUGACAUGUAUUUUACCUGUCCUAAGUGUGGUACAGAGGUACACAAUCUUCAGCCACUGAAAUACAAGAUUGAAAUGACAGAAGUUCACACCCUCUAAAACUUGCAGAGCACUUGAAGCACAUACUUUAGAUCCAUGUGUGGCUAGUUCUCUAUAGCAGUAGUUGCUAUAGUGUUUCAGAACUUGUGAACACCACGGCUUUAGAGCAAACUGUAUAAUACUCAAACCACUAUUAAAUUCUUUGUUUAUAGCA